GUGUUUGUUUCCAUUUCUUCUGGAUAUAACUGGUGUUCAUAAACAAGUGUGGGCUUAAAAACCCUAAUCUGAGUGAAUAUUUUUUGACGUUGCUCUAGCUAAUCCGUAACCUUUAUCAUGGUUGAGGAGGGACCUGAAAUCAAACCUGUACAAGGAGUGGCAUAUCCUGUGGUAGUUGGAUUAUGUUUCGGAGGUACAGCAUUCGGAAUACUCAUGCUGGUAGCAACAUACUACUGCUACCGUCGCAGAAGGAACAACAACGGUAAACGACAUGGACCUGAUCAGCCUUUAGCUUUUCAUUCUCAUCGCAGACCCACUGCAGUAAAAAGUCCAGCUGGUUCAAGUGGUGGUACUCACUACUUGAAAAAGAGCCCCAGUCCCACCGGACCCUCUAAAAAUCCUCCAGGGAUGUCGAAUCCCCAUACACCAAGUCCUACAGGAAGCGUUGUCGGACCGUUGGAGAGUGGCGUCUCAACACAUAAUCAGAACGUUCUUAUGCAACAAGAAAAUAAAAUGGACUUACAUCCGACACUAAAGGAUGUCUACACAACAGAAACGGAAACUAUAAGUCAUACAGUAUCACCCACCAAGGAAGAGAUCGAGACUAACGAGAAAAAUCUACAACAAAACGCCUCAUAUCUCGGUCAACUUGUCUUCAAAUUGAGAUACGAAAACAAUAAAAACGCUCUGAUAGUGUCUGUGGUGCGAUGUCGGGAUCUACCAGCAAAAGAUCCAAACGUCGGCUCCAGUGAUCCCUAUGUAAAACUGCAAUUACUCCCUGAUAAACAGCAUAAAGUUAAAACUAGGGUAUUGAGGAAGACCAGAAAUCCAGUUUACGAUGAAGAUUUUACCUUUUACGGAAUAGGAUUCAAUCAAUUACCUAAUAUUACCCUGCAUUUUGUUGUGCUCAGCUUUGAUAGAUACAGUCGUGAUGAUAUUAUUGGAGAAGUGUUUGUUGCACUUAACACUGUUGACGUAACUCAAAUAGAAAGUCAGCAAAUGGCUCUUUGCAGGGAGAUUCAACCGAGAAGUCUAAAGAUCCGCUCACAAGGACGGGGUGAGUUAUUGGUAUCCCUCUGCUGGCAGCCAGCAGCUAACAGACUCACCGUAGUCGUACUCAAAGCAAGAAACUUACCGAAAAUGGACGUUACCGGCUUAGCCGAUCCCUACGUUAAAAUUUACUUACAGUACAACGGCCAAAGAAUUGCUAAGAAGAAGACUCAUGUGAAGAAGAGAACACUGAGUCCAGUGUUCAACGAAAGCUUCGUUUUCGACAUUCCUGCUGGUGGCGAAGGAUUAGAUUCUGUCAGUUUGGAAUUCUUGCUUUUAGACUGGGAUAGGGUUACAAAGAACGAGGUGAUUGGAACAUUAGAAUUAGGAGGCCCAAAAUGUAAUGGAUCAGCUCUCCAUCAUUGGAAUGAAGUUUGCAACUCUCCAAGGAGGCAAAUUGCCGACUGGCAUAAAUUGAGAGAAUAAACAACACUUGAAACAUUCAACAAAUAAGCUAUAAUUUCCACAGGUUGCCCAUUUCGUUUUUAAUUAAAUUGGUAUAGGGGAUUGUCCUUAUACCAGGAAACGUUUAAUUUGUUCUUCUGCUAAGGAAUACGCUUAUCAAUGCAACGUGUUGCUGAAACUCCCGGAUGAAUGUAGCAACAAGAUCAUAUCAACAAGAACAGAAACGCAUUGUAAGCAGCCUUAGUCAUAGUACUUGAUGCAAGUAGAAUAGAAAUUUUAUGAUUAUAUGUAUCUCAAUACUCAAUACUCAGCAUUUCGGUAUCCAAUCAAGUAGUCGGUAUCUAGAUAUAAUAAAUACUAGAGCUUAUUAUAUCUUCGCAAAAAUGUAGUUCAAUGUAAAUAUGAGGAAGUAAUUGUUAGGUUAGGAUGAGAAAACACAAGUUAAUCAAGGAAUUUUAUACCCGGCAUAGACCAUCCAAACAAGUACAAGACUUAGAUAAAAUAAUGAUGUAUUCACAAGACCCGAUUAAGUAGUUGUAUGUGUGUGAAAUUUGGUUUAUGACUUUGAUAUAAAAUUCCAGUUAAUUUGUUCACAUUACAAAUAUGUUUCGCUUAAUACAAUCUUUUUAUUAAAGUGAUAAAAAAGCUGACAAAAUUGGUGGCAAUCGGUAUGUACAGGACUAAAUUAUAUACGAUGUUAAAUAUUCGAUAAAAAUUAGAUGUUAAGUUAAGUAUGUGAAAUAUUUUGAAAUAACGCUUUCGAAAUAUUUCACAUAUUUCACAAUGUUGACUCCUCAACAUAUACCUAUAUACAAUGUGACACACUCAUCCGUUAUCAUUUUUAUUCGUAUUAGUUCAAUUAAAUAUGAGCAAAGAAAUUAUUUCAUUUUAAGUGUAUCACACUGUAAAGUAUAUGAAAAUGACUGCUGCUAUUUACUUGUUUUAAUUUCAACUCAAUUGCCAGGGUCUCUCUACACCAAUUAGUUAUUACAAUUAGAAAAAUGAAUUUUAGCUUUGUUAUAUUAGGAGGGUUUGUGAUAUAGAUUUAAGCUAAUUUUGACAUAAAAAGGUACCAAUAUACUGAUAUAACAUUAUGCAUCCAAGUAUAACAAAUCUACAACAGUGUUAUUUGUUGUUUUAAGGUCUUAAUUUGAUGGGAACUUAAAUUUAUCAUAUAAUAUGUAUAAUAUAGCUUAAAGUAAAUACUCAGAUAAUCUGUAUAUUUUUAUCUGAUGCUGUAUUGAAAAACUUAUUCAACGCA